AAACUCGGCCAAGAUAAGCGGGAAAUUUAAGCGCAUGAAAUGAGUCAACCUUAUUUGCUGUCUUCUGAAACUUUCACGCUUUGCAUCAAACAUUCCUCGAAGAUAUUUACUAAACAACUUCUGCUGUACUAAAUUUGAGACUGAUUGACAAUGACUGCAGUUCCAAGGAGUUUUCGUCUUUUGGAAGAACUUGAACAGGGCCAGAAAGGUGUCAGUGAUGGCACCAUAAGCUGGGGUCUGGAAUGCGACGAUGACAUGAGCCUUACCCAUUGGACUGGAAUGAUUAUUGGACCACCUAGAACUCCUUACGAAAACAGGAUGUACAGUUUGAGGAUUGAAUGCGGCCCUAAUUAUCCUGAGGUGGCUCCGACUGCCAAAUUUCAAACCAAAAUCAACAUGAACUGUGUGAGCUCAACCGGAGCUGUGGACACUAGAAUGGUGCCUGUACUAAGCAAGUGGCAGAAUAACUUCACAAUCAAAAACCUGCUGAGUGACCUACGUAGACUGAUGGCCACCAAGGAGAACCUGAAGCAGAGUCAGCCUCCUGAAGGUACCAACUAUUAACAGAAGUCCAUUCCAGCGCAUUCCUUUGAUUUGAUUUUGCUGAAAAAUGCUGCAGCCAUAAUUGUGGUCAUUUGGGCUGGUGUCGCUUUCUGGCAGCUCGUGCUGUUCAUAAAUUCUAAUCAGUUGACCAUUCAACCGCCGUCUUUUUCAAAAUGAAUAAUUGUAAGCUUUUGCGUGAAGGUGUAGCUGUCACGUUUUUGUUAUAACCAACUAUUAACAUGUGAUAAAAGUUUGAAAUAAAAACAAAUGCUCCGCGGCUUUA